CUGCGAUUUGAAACGCACAUUCUUCUCUACCCGGAAACACGAACCCGGAACGUUGAAGAAGGCGGUGUUUGUUUCCAGCCGGUGAGGUUUCGGUGUGAAUCGAUGUCAUGGCAGCUCUUCGGACGACAUUAUGUGCACGUUUCCUGCAGUCUCUCCCGAUGCGUUCGGGAUCUCUACGCUUCGCCAGCUCCUCUUUCAAGGCUGCGGAUCUGACCAUCGAGAAGAGGCAGACUCCGAACCCCAAGCCCGACCCGUCUUCCCUGGGCUUCGGGAAGUAUUUCUCUGAUCACAUGUUGACGGUGAAGUGGACGGAGAAAGGAGACUGGGAAGCUCCUGAGAUUAAACCCUUCCAAAACCUGUCUCUGCACCCGGCGUCCUCUGCCCUGCACUACUCCAUCGAGUUGUUCGAGGGGAUGAAGGCCUUUCGGGGAGUGGAUAAUCAGAUCCGUCUGUUCCGGCCAAUGCUGAACAUGGAGCGCAUGUAUCGCAGUGCAGAUCGCUGCUGCCUGCCUUUGUUUAAUAAGAGUGAGCUGCUGGAGUGCAUUAAGAAGCUGAUCACGCUGGACCAGGAGUGGGUUCCGUACUCCACCGACGCCAGCCUUUACAUCAGACCCACCUUCAUCGGCACCGAGCCUACUUUAGGCGUGUCUCGAGCAAACCACGCCCUCCUGUUUGUCAUCGUGGGGCCGGUGGGGCCGUACUUCGCUACAGGAGCCUUCAAUCCCGUGUCUCUGCUGGCCGAUCCUCGAUUCGUUCGGGCCGCUAGGGGCGGAGUCGGGGCGUACAAGAUGGGCAGUAAUUAUGGCCCCACUAUAGCCAUCCAGAGUGAGGCGGUGAAGCAGGGCUGUCAGCAGGUGCUGUGGCUGUAUGGCGACAAGGAGGAGAUCACCGAGGUGGGCACCAUGAACCUAUUCAUCUACUGGACCAAUGAGAAAGGAGAGCGAGAGUUGGUCACUCCUCCACUAGAUGGCAUCAUUCUCCCCGGAGUCACCAGACAGUCUCUACUGGACCUGGCCAGGAAGUGGGGUGAGUUUCAGGUGACUGAGCGGACACUAGUUAUGAAGGAGCUGCUGGAUGCUCUGAAAGGUGGCCGUGUGUUGGAGGUGUUUGGGGCGGGGACGGCGUGUGUGGUGUGUCCUGUUGGCAGCCUGCUGUAUAAAGGACAGCACUUUGAAAUCCCGACCAUGAAGAACGGCCCUGAGCUCGCCACCAGGUUCUACAAAGAGCUCACCGAUAUGCAGUACGGACGCACAAGUAGUGACUGGGCUCCAGUCAUCGUUGCCUAAACGGAGCUGCAGUUCCUCCAGAUGUUUCUCGUCUCACGUUACGGACUGUAGCUUCGUUCUGUCUGAUGUUGUGUGUAGGAACUUGCUCAAAAAUCAUUAUUGUUCUGAAGCAACCCAUUUAGUGAACAGUCCACUGGAAACCUGUUACUAAUUAACUGU